GGACACAGUGCAAACAACUGGAACUUAUUAGUAAACAGUUUGAAAAAGAGAAACAAAUAUUAAAUAAAAAAUUAGAAGAACUACGUAUUAAACUGGAAAAAUCAGAAGAAGAAAGUGCUCUUUUAAAAACCAACAUUGCCCAGAGAACUAAUCAGUUUCAAACAAUAGAGGAAGAGUUAUUAGAGAAAGCUUCAAAAUCAUGUUGCUUGGAAAGAGAAAUAGCAAGAAAAUCCUCCCAGUUUUCCAUCCUUAAAAAACAGUUGGAAGAAAAAACUUUUGCUUAUGUAACUGCACUUGCAAGAAAUACUGAAUUGGAACAGGAAUUAAUGCUACAGUCUCAACUAGAAACUAAAAACCAACAAUUUCUAGAACAAGAGAAAACAAUGUCCAUUCUCCAACAGGAUGCUUUAUAUAAACAGCAUCAGCUUGAAUCAUUGGAUCGACUAUUAAUAGAAAGCAAAGAGGAAAUGGAAAAACAAAGAACAAAGAAAGAUGAAGCUUUAAAGAAAUUACAAGACCAACUUGCUGAUGAAACAGUCAAGGUCAAACAUUUACAAAGAGCGUUAGAAAGCUGUAAGCAAGAUAUAGCUUUGUAUUUAGAGCAUUUAGAAGAAAAUAAAGUGCUGUUUGAAAAGCAAUUGGAGAAAAAGUCUGAAGAGAUACAGAGAUUGCAAAAAGAAAUAAAGCAUAAGAAUGACAAUUUUCAGUCAACUAGUGAACAAAAUCUUGCUCUACAGCAGAGUCUGCAGCAGCAGCAGCAAAUGUUACAUCAAGAAACCAUUAGGAAUAGUGAAUUAGAUGAUAGCCAAAUAAAGCUCCAAAAACAGGUAUCAAAACUAGAGCAAGAACUUCAAAAGCAGAAGGAUAUGUUGGGAGAAGAAUUGAGAAGAACAAAUGAAAGACUUCAUUUAACCACUGAAGAAAACAAUGUGAAACGGCAAAAAAUAGCAGAACUUACUGCUACAAUCAGGCAGAUUAAACAAGAGAUGGAUCAAUGUAAAGAUGAGUUAAUAGACAUGGAGAAAGAAUUAGUGCACUUAAGAAGAGAUGGUCAUAAUAAAGCAAUGCAGAUGAGCCAACUGGAAAUUAAUUUACAACAGAGAAUCUCAGAAUUUGAUGAAAAGACACACCAAGUGAAAGAAUUAGAAGAUAAGUUGCUUAUAAGUGAGACCCAGCAAAAAGAUUCCAUGCAGAAAAUAGAAUCUCUAGAAAUUGACCUGGAAAACGCCACUGGGGAGUUAAAAACUACUUUGAGACAACUGCAAGACCUUCGGGAUACAUUACAGAAUGCACAGACAUCCCUAGAGGAGAAGUACUCUACUAUCCAUGAUUUAACAGAUGAAUUAAGAGAAUGCAAGGAUGAACUUGAAGAGAAAAAGCAAGAACUUCUUGACAUGGAAAAGGUGCUGAAAGAAAGAAAUUGGGAUUUGAAACAAAGAGCAGCUCAGGUUACACAGUUGGAUAUGUCAAUUCGUGAAUACAGGGGAGAAAUGGAACAAAAAAUAAUUACAUUGCAAGGUAGCUUGGAAAAAGCAGAGCUGCAGAUAAAAGAUUAUAAUAAACAGAUUGAAAGUUUGGCAAGCAAGGUACAGUAUUCAAAAGAGGAGCUUAAAGAAAAAGAGUAUAAUAUUCUCCAACAAGAUCAAGAGAUAAAUCUUCUUAGAAAAGAGAAUGAACAAAAGCAACAAAGAAUAACAGAUACUGAGAAAAAGCUGAAAGACCAAGAAAGGUGUAUUGCAGAACAGUAUAAAGAAAUACUUGAUUUGGGGCAGCAGCUGAGACUGGAACGUGAAGCAAUGAAACAAGUUCAUGUGGAUUUAUUAGAGAGUCGCCGCCAACAGGCUCAAGCUCAGAGAGAUGUGGAAAGGAUCUCUCUUGAACUGGAAGAAGUGAACCAUAUCUCACAUGAAAAAGAAACCCGUGUAAAUAAUUUGGCAGAACAAUUGGGAGCAGCUCAGGUGCGAGAAUCUGAGUUAGAAGCAAGAAUGCAAACUGAGAUUAAAAGGCUCACUGCAGAAGUACAUUUGCUAAAACAGUCUUU